UGCAAUUAGCUCUUUCCUCUAUAAAAUCCUCAGCUUUCAAUCAAGACCAACCGAUCCAUCUCCCUUUGAUUUUUAAUUAUAUAUUCUUAUAAUUUUGAGCAACAAUGUUUGGUCUUCUUCUCUUCAUUGCUGCUGGUUUCUUGAGCCUUUCUUCUGCUCCUGUUGUUGGCCUUAACAUAGGUGUUGAAGGCAUAGAUGCAACAGUGUCUGUGAGUAAAGACUGCAGCCGAAAAUGCGAAUCGGAGUUCUGUUCAGUGCCUCCAUUUCUGAGAUAUGGCAAGUAUUGUGGGAUUUUAUACAGUGGAUGCCCUGGAGAAAAACCCUGUGAUGGUCUGGAUGCUUGUUGUAUGAAACAUGACGCUUGUGUUCAAGCUCACAACAACGAUUAUCUGAGCCAAGAGUGCAGCCAAAACUUGUUAAAUUGCAUGACAAAUUUCAAGAAAAUAGGAGGCCAAACAUUCAAGGGAAACACAUGUCAAGUUGAUGAAGUUAUUCAAGUUAUUUCUGUAGCCAUGGAAGCUGCCUUGCUUGCUGGAAGAGUUCUUCAUAAACCAUAAUCUUUCUUAUCUUAACCACUUUGAUUAUUAUUGUUUUGGCAAAAUGAAUGCAGAUGAUUGAAUGAAAAUGAAAGCUAGCUAAUUUAUA